AUGCCGUCGAAUUUAUUUUCAACGUUAUUUAAUUCUACUAAUGCAACAAUUACAAAUGAAACUAUAAAUGCUUAUGAUUAUGAAGGUGCAGCUAUUUAUGUAGCUGUUAUAUUAAUUUGGUAUUCAACUGGUUUAGCAUUAAUGUUAUUUCUUCAAGUACGUCCACGUACAUUUCAAAGUCAAUUUUUACUUGAUUAUCAAACAAAUAAUGUAUCAAAAUCAUUUUCAACAAAUCCAUUUGGUAAUUAUCAUAAUGUUGAAGCUCAUAGUGUAAAAAAACAUAUUCUUAAUGAAUUAAAAGAUCCAGAAAGACGACAACGUUUAUGGAAAAUAUAUUAUUCAUCAAAAGAAAAACAAAAUGAACCACAUCCACGAUAUUAUAAAACAAUUACAGCAGAUAGUGUAACUAUUGGUCGUAUUAAUAGAAAAUUAGCUGAUAUUCAUCGAAUAGAUGCACGAAAUCGAGAUGAUUCAAUACUAUCAUCAUUAGAUGUAUCUUCAAAUGUUAAUCGAUCCGAUGGAACAAAAUUUCCUAAUAAACGAUUUACUUCAUUACGUAGAACAAGUUAUGUGCCAACAAAUAAUCGAGAACAACCUGUUCCAAUUCUAUCUCAACCUGAUACACAAACAAUAAUUCCAAAUAUCGAAGUCAAACCUAUUAUAGGUGAAAAACAACCAACAGCGCUAUUGGCCAAUGGUUCACAUAAACGAAUUAAUAAAUUUUCAAAUCGAUUUACCGUUGAAAAAGUACCGGAAAAUAAUAGUAAUAGUUCUACUAUACAAGAGAAUACAACAAAAUAG